UGAGAGAGUAAACCAACGAUUCUUUGAUGAUCCGAGGGGGGUAGAACGGGCGGACGAUCCUGCAAAGUGUUUUGUUUCCCUGAAAUCAACAAACUAUCGUUAAAAAUAAUCUCUGAAUAAUUGCAGUGUUCCCCUCUAAUUAAUUCUCGUCCAGCGAUCAUUCUGUACAAAAAAAUCUGUGGUGGAACGGUCCUAAAACUAGACUCACUCUCACUCAUCCAUUGGCCUAUUCAUUCUCUCGGGAUUGAGCUCGAUUUGCUGCAGGUGUUGAGUAAUUUCACCUCCUGGACAUUGAAUCUCAAGAUUUUACCCAUAAUGAAGAGACUCUCCACGUCUCCGUGGGCCAAUUAUCGCGAUAAUUCGUAGUUCUGGGGGGGAAAUGAACAGAGUCUGCAAAAUCGAUUGGAUAAUUUUGCCUUGAGGACAGUCUACGGAUUAUGUCAAAUCUUUGAGAACAAAAUGUCUGAUGAUAAUGCAUCCAUGGAUUCGGAUGAGGAUAUCUUCAGCUCAAGACCUAGAAGAUUGAGUGGAAGAUCCUCUCACAGGGUCAUAAGGACACAACCUGGAGUCAGGAGGAGCACCAGGAACAGAAUGCAGACUUAUGAUAACUUAAACACCAGUUGGAUACUAGGAACGCAAACACUAAAAGGCUACCCGAUGUUCCACAAUCACGCCUCGUCUUCGGACAAGGAGAUGGCGGAUGAUCCUCCGGAGCGUUCUCGUGAUCUCCGGGAGCGAAUGCCCCUGCGUUCCCGAGAAAAUCAUCCACCUCCCUCAAAAUCAACUCGUCACAUACGGGACCGUCCACCACUGCCUCGAGACCGUCCCUCACUCACAGAAUCCGACCCGAAAAAUCUCCGGGAGUCGCGUCAUCCACCGAAGGAUUUAACCCAGAAGAUCACGACGCGCAGUAAAUCAGAGGUGCCAAAAUCCCCUUCUGAGGAAAAAGAAGUACGAACUCGCAAAACUGACAGUCCAAGUCGUCUCCGUGAGGGCCCAGUGACACGACUCUGUGGAAUGCUCGAUAAAGACGAUAAAGUCGAGAAAGUGAAGUCCGAGCCAACGGAGAGGAACGACGAUAGCUCCCAGGAAUCAGAGAAGCCAGAUAACAAUGGGAAUUCUGACAACGACGACGGAUACGAGGACAUGUACACGCGGAUCAAAAGAACCCGUCGAACAUCACAGCGACAGCUCGAUAGGAAGAAGAUGUCGGAGAGCGAUAUGAGUGAAUCUUCGGAUUCACCGGGUCCUCGGAAGUAUAGCCUGCGACAGAAGAAACCGACCGUUGACAGAUUUCAGGCAAAUGCUGAGCCUGGGAGAAGGUCUAUCAGGGCUCUCAGGAGUGUUCUCACCAAUUCUAUGCGCAGACGGAAGCACAGGAGCAAGAGCUCGUCCUCUUCGGACUCCGAUGAUCCCGAGCCUCAGAGGUACGACAAGAAGAAGGGAAAGAAGGCGAGACAGACAGCGGUUCCUCAGGGUGGGCCUCCAGAUAAAAAAGCAGACAUAAGUCCCAUAACCCUGGACACAAACAUCAGAUUUAACGACGUAGGAGGCCUGGAGUCGCACAUCCACUGUUUGAAAGAAAUGGUGGUGUUUCCAAUGAUGUAUCCAGACGUGUUCGACAGAUUUCACAUAACUCCACCCAAGGGAGUGCUGUUCCACGGUGCCCCAGGCACAGGAAAGACCCUGAUUGCAAGGGCUCUGGCGAAUGAAUGCUCUCAAGGCUCUCGGAAGGUGGCAUUUUUCAUGAGAAAAGGUGCUGACUGUCUCUCCAAGUGGGUGGGAGAAUCCGAGAGACAAUUGAGACUGCUCUUUGAGCAGGCCCAACAAAUGAAGCCUUCCAUAAUCUUCUUCGAUGAGAUCGAUGGGCUAGCACCAGUUAGAAGCACCAAACAGGAUCAAAUUCAUGCCAGCAUUGUCUCAACUCUUCUAGCACUGAUGGAUGGACUGUCUGAUCGAGGUGAAGUGAUUGUCAUUGGAGCAACCAACAGAAUUGACGCAAUAGAUCCAGCUCUCAGGCGACCAGGGAGAUUUGACAGAGAGCUUUACUUUCCCCUUCCAGCGAUGAAAGAGCGACUGGAGAUCCUGAAGAUUCAUGUGGUCAAGUGGCGACCUCCACCCACUGAUGACCUUCUCGAAGCACUUGCUGAAAAGACAACCGGCUACUGCGGCUCAGAUCUCCGCGCUCUCUGCACUGAGGCUGUCCUCCAGGGGCUCAGAAGAACGUAUCCCCAGAUUUACAAAACAAGCAAUCGAUUGCUACUGGAUCCACGGAGGGUCGAGGUCAAGAAGAGAGAUUUUAUCGAGGCUAGUUCGAUUCUUGUGCCAUCUUCUCACCGGGUAGCACCCAGUGUCAGCAGGAAGCUACAACCUUUCUUGGUACCUCUCCUGGGGCCGGCACUUGAGGAUUUGGUCAGUGCUGUCAAGGCGAUUUUUCCACAGGGAAUCAAUCCUGCUUUGGCUAAGAUCAAAGUCGCCAAGGGUAUUCACAUGCCCAGGAUGUUGGUCACUGGGGACGACAUGUCCCAUGGACAAGGACCCAGACUUGCACAGGCCCUUCUCUACAGAAUGGAGCACGUACCUGUCCAGACACUUGAUGUCAGCACUCUUUUUGCUGAGAGCGCCAGGUCACCUGAGGAAACAUGUGUCCAGGUGUUCAAUGAGGCAUCCAGGAAUAUUCCCUCGAUCAUCUACAUCAGGUCCAUUGAUCAGUGGUGGCCUCUGGUUCCUGAAACUGUCAAGGCUGUCUUUAUGUGCAGAAUUGCAGCUCUUGAUCCCUGCCUUCCUAUUCUCAUUCUGGCUACCAGUGAUGUGGACUACAGGGAGUUGCCACCAAAGCUGAAAAAUCUAUUCAGCGAACUCAGGGGAGAGGUAUACACUAUGAAGAGCCCUGGGGUGCAGCAGAGGGAGGCAUUCUUCAGGCCUAUUUUUGUGGAGCAGAGCUUCAGGGGACCAUUGGUCAAGGACGACAAGGUUAAGGAAAUGGAGGAGUUGCCUCUGGCACCUGAUCCCAUGCCAAAGAAACUUACUGAUGAAGAGGUGAAGGUCAUCAGGGAGAAGGAAGAGGUGUCCCUCAGGGAACUGAGGAUCUUCCUCAGGGAGAUCUGCGCAAAACUCGCCAGGAAUCGACAAUUUUUCAUGUUUACGAAGCCAGUGGACACUGAGGAAGUACCAGAUUACAAUUCAAUUAUUAAACAGCCUAUGGACCUCGAAACAAUGAUGACGAAAAUCGAUAUGCACUGUUACCUCUGCGCACGUGAUUUCCUGGAUGAUGUGGAUCUCAUUUGCAGAAAUGCAUUAGAGUACAAUCCGGACAGCUUGCGCGAUAGGCCCUCCCUUGGGAUACUGAAGAGAGACCCUGCGGACAAAUUAAUCCGUCAUCGUGCAUGUUCCCUUCGUGACAAUGCGUACGCCCUCAUCAAGGCCGAGCUGGACUCCGACUUUGAAGACAAAUGUCGAGAGAUAUCGAAGAAUCGUCGAGCCCCGGACGACCUCGAACCUCAGGUGAAUCCACGAUCGAAACAAGAAAAUCCCCCAAACGAGACUAAAUCAGAUAAAAAUCAGAGCCCAGGAAGUUCAGUGGUGUUCAACGGCAGGAAAUUGAGCUCGAGGAAGAGGAAAGUACCAGCGUGGGCCAGAGGAUACGUCAAGAAGGUUACGAAAAAAAAGAAAAUCAUGUUCGAGGAGAGUACCAAUGAGAGUCCAGCCAAGGGAAACAAUGGAACAAGGGUCGUGGACCUCGAGAAAUUCCAGGAGUUCGAGGCAAAUGCUGUUGUUAUGAAUGGGGACUCGACGAUUUAUGAUAAUACAGACUCUGAGAAUGAGUCUGUCAACGAAGGAAUUCAUAAAGAAGUCGUUAUUGGCAGUCAGGUAGAGGUGAUCAUUGAUAAAAGAGAAAAAGUAGAGAAAGGGGAGAGGGGAGAGGAGAACAGGGAAGUGUCUGUGGAGGAAAAACCUGUGGAGAAUGGCGAGUCCCACAGCUCAUCUAGGAGAGAGAGCACUGAUGAUCUCACCUUUGCUGUCAACUGCGAUUCUAGUCCGAAGAGAAUGGGUGAGGAGAAAGUGGUGGUGGAUGCUGCUGAGCUCGAGGAAGCCUGGAAGCACACCGUCCAAGUUACCGGGGAAUUAUCUGUUGAGGUACUGUGCGAUAUCUAUGUACAACUCAGCAGGUGCGUUGGGAAGUAUGAAACGACGUGGGACAGGAGGACACUGCCAAAGGAUUUGCUCAAAGAACUACAGAGAUUUGAAAGCCCCACCGACAACCCUAUGGAGACGUCCGAGAGAGAAUGUAACGGUUAGAACUCUGUAAAAAAAAUCGAUACGUAUCAUUAAUGUCACUCAUUGGGAUAAUUGGAUCGCGCUGCUGCGCAUCACGCUUCAUCGAAACUGCCGAAACCAUGGACAAUUAUUUUUCGUCUACUCGUCCCCGCAAACAACAUUUCCGUCAUCACUAAUGAUCGAUGAAAAUUGUACAUAAUUGCCCAAUUUUUGUAUUUUCGUUCUUUUAUAUUUCGUAUUAUGAAUUCUGUGGAUACUCAGAUCAUCCAAAUGCAGUUAUUCAUGUAAUUUAAGAACUUUGUGAUUAUUGUCAUCUUUAUUCAGUACAAUCACUUUAAUGCUUGUACUUACUCGUUUUUUCCUCCAUCAUUUAUUUUUUUUUUUCAUUAAAACAUGAGUCUCGAGAGCAAAAUCAUUACUAAUUAGAACAAUUUUGUUGCCAAUUAGAUUGUAAAUUCGGUAUUGAAUGAUUAAUUGUCCGAGGGUAGAAUAAAAAUAUAUAGAGAUUCGAUAGUGAAGUGAUAAAAGGUAACAAAUGAGUCGAUUUUUCACACUCUGUCAUCAAAUAUUCAAUAAUAUUCGUAAUUAGUGGGUUUGAGUGAAUUCUUCUCUAAAUCCGCGCCUUAUAACUUCACUAAGCCAAAGGGUAAAGUUCUAAAGUAAAUUCCAAAUGAAAAAAAAAAGAAUGACGAACAAUUUGAAACACUUAUCUGAAAUUCUUAUUAGUUCUCUCAUUGUCCAUCGUUCGUAUAAUUACACUGCCCUGUUCAUCCGACAACUGAAUAAUUAUAGAUGAGAAAAACGAAAUUAAUGAUAAUGCUUCAUAAAUAAACUUGGAGUACAAACAUUCCAGCGAAAUGAUCGUUAAAUUAGGGAAGAGUGGAAGCCAAUCAUCCGUUACCUCUAUAUCAUCAUUAAUUUAUUGAAAUCAUGAAGAUAAUGCCAAGUCAAUGAGCUUCCAGUCAACCACUGCCGAACGUUAUCAAAUGCUAUUUUAUUUUUCUCUAAUAGUUUCUGUUUUCGAUAACUGUAUUUAAUUUAUAACUGAUAUAACUUAACCAAGUCGUUAAAAAAAAUUGAUGCAGUCAUUGAAUGUUCAAUUUAUGGGAGUGGAGAGAUUGAGGGUAAUUUGAACGUUUGAUGACUGGUGUAACACAGGCUCACUCACAACGUUACAUAAUGAUAAGUAUCAAAUCGGAUUGUAAGCGAUGAAAAGUGAAUACACUGCCUUAUUUAUUGUAACACAUAAGUACACUAUUUGUUAUGCAAGGAAAGUGGAUGAAGGAAGGAACCAAGGCGAGGAAUAAACUUUAGAAUUUGAUAACUUGA